AUGGCACCUAGCUCUAAUGUUCUUGCUGCUUAUGUUCCUACAGAACUAGUAGCAACAAUUGGCAACAAGGUGAUGUUAUCUAGUGGCUACAAUUUGCUGUCUGGAACAUCCAUGGCAUGCCCUCAUGCUUCUGGUGUUGCUGCUCUUUUGAAAGCUGCACACACUAAAUGGAGUGCUGCUGCUAUAAGGUCUGCACUAGUAACCACAGCUAGUCCUCUUGAUAAUACACAAAAUCCAAUUAGGGACUAUGGUUACCCUUCUCAAUACGCUUCCCCUCUUGCCAUUGGAGCUGGUUUAUGUCAACAAAAGUCGGAAGGAGUUGAUAGGCCGCAAUGGUCCACAUUUAGUCAUGUUAACUACUCAGGUUCUCUUUCAUCCACAUUUGGUAGCAAGGUGAGUAAUAAUUGUGAUGACUCUGUUUUGGAUACUAGUGAAUUAGAAAAGGUUUCGUUGGAAGCUACGAUACUUGCUGUGAAGAAACUAGACAAGAGAGUUUCUAAUCACCAAACAAAUGAUGAGUUUCUCGAAUUGAUAAACAGUAUUGACAUAAUCCGGCAUCCAAAUAUUGUUGAGCUUAUUGGGUACUGUGCAUAG